AUGUUUCCUUCAUCAUCUGAUUUCUCUUUCUCAGCUUCGUCUCUGUUCUCAGCUUACGCAUCUUUAACCGGAUUCUUGAUGCUCUUCAGAUCAAUGCUUCACGAUUUCGUUCCGGCCAAACUCCGAUCUUACUUCUCCGACUUGUUCGACCGGUAUUUCACUCCCAAAUCGAAGAAUCUCACCGUGAUUAUCGACGAGAACUUCGGAUUAAACAGAAACCAAGUCUACGACGCGGCGGAGAUGUACCUCCGGAACAAAAUCGGUCCAGAAACAGAGCGAUUACGCGUCGGGAAAACACCGAAGCAGACGCACUUCACGAUCUCGAUCGAGAAAGGAGAAGAGAUCUUCGAUUCCUUCGAAGGCUCUGAGGUUAAAUGGAGUUACGUUCAGUCAGAGAACGAAAAAGGGGAUAAAGUGAAACGACUCUACGAACUCACAUUCGAGAAGAAGCUUAAGGACAAAAUCAUGGGUUCUUAUUUGAGUUUCGUAGUUUCUGAAUCUGAAGAAAUCAAGAGGAAUCUGAGAGUUGUGAAGCUUUAUAGCAGAGAUGUGUACUCUAGUGACGACGAUGAUGGUUGUGCAGGUGGGAAUUGGGGAUGUAUAAACCUCGAACAUCCUUCGACAUUCGAUACAUUAGCGAUGGAUCCGAGUGCGAAGAAGAAGAUAAUCGAUGAUUUAGAGAGGUUUCUUAAGAGGAGAGAGUUUUAUAAGAGAGUUGGUAAAGCUUGGAAACGAGGUUAUUUAUUGUAUGGACCUCCAGGUACUGGUAAAUCAAGCUUGAUUGCUGCAAUGGCUAAUUACUUGAAAUUUGAUGUGUUUGAUCUUGAGCUUAGUAGUAUUUACGAUAAUGGUGAUUUGAAGAGGGUUUUGUUAUCCACCACGAAUCGUUCGAUUUUGGUUAUCGAAGAUAUCGAUUGCAAUGCUGAAGUGAGAGAUAGAGAAGCUGAGAAGGAAGAAGACGAUGAUAAAUUUAAGGGAAAGGUGACAUUAUCAGGGAUAUUGAAUUUCAUUGAUGGGUUAUGGUCGAGUUUCGGAGACGAGAGGAUCAUCGUGUUCACGACGAACCACAAAGAACGGCUUGAUCCUGCAUUGCUGCGUCCUGGAAGAAUGGAUGUGCAUAUCAACAUGUCUUAUUGUACAGGGUUAGGAUUUAGGACAUUGGUUUCUAAUUAUCUCGGUUUAGACGGCUUGAACCAUCCUCUCUGUGAAGAAAUCCAGAAGUUGAUCGAUUCUACUGAAGUUACUCCUGCUGAGUUAGCUGAAGAGUUGAUGCAAGACGAUGAUACCGAAGUUGUUCUUCGCGGAGUUGUUAGCUUUGUUGAGAAGAAGAAGCUUGAGAGAAGCAAAACCAAGGCCGAAGACAAGGAAGUAGUGAUUAAGAACACAAUUGAUAAUGACGAAAAACAGAGUGGUAAGAAGAAGAAGAAGGAAACUGGUAAACGAAAUCGUAGAGGGAAGAAAUAG